AUGGAAUAUUUCCAAGAGUCUAAAAAAAAUUCAGCUGACAUAGUAGAAGAAUAUCGAAAAAUGUUUGCCGACAUACAAAAGACUCCAACACCAGAUGAAAAUAUUCAGCAUAGAAUGGAAGCACUGAAAGAAAAUGUACACAAAUACAACAACCCUUUUUACUUACGAGCAUUUAACGUUCAAUCUUUGGAUGAACUCGGUGAAAAUAAAAGGUUAAAUUUCAAGAAAACAUAUAGAAAUGAAACAUUGUUUAAAGUUCAUUCAGAACCUAACCAAGAUGGAAACAAACCUACUUUUGUUUCUGCAGACGAUGGAACUACAAUGAGAUGGGGUCAUAAAGCUAACCCGGAUAGGUGGUUCAUAAACUUACAACCUCAAUUCCAAGAAGUUGUAGACGCAAUGGAAGUCAAUGGUGAACCAGAUAUAGCUGGUAUUUUAAGCGCGGCUUUAAUGCCAUUGAAAGAUAUGAAACAUGCAGAUAUUUUGGACCAGUAUGAAAUGAACAUGGCUGAUGGAAAUAUAACACCUGACGUUCUAGAACAUUUAUCUCAAAGAACUACACAGAACCAUAGAGAUGGUAUAUUUGGUGAAGAGUUUAGAAAGAAAGUUAGGGAGGGCGAAGGAAGAGAACCUAUUGUACAUGACCUUGCAAACGAAAGUUUACAAAAUGUCAUAAAAACUUACUUUGCAGACAAUGAAAUGAGAAGGGAUGAAUAUUUAAGAAAACUCAAAUGGACAGUACCAAAUGAAAUGUUAGUAUUGAAAAACAUGUUCCUUGACAAAAUAAAACCAACUACAGAAAUAAACGACGCAAGACUGAAAGAUUGGGUAAAAGCUUUCCCAUUCACAAAAGAUAUAGUUG